AUGAGUCCUCAGGGUCCUUUCCGGCUCAUGACGGUCAAUACAGCACCAGAGCGGGCCAAGCGCGUCAUUGGCGCCAUGGUAGAGAACCUCAAAGAAAGUUACAUUAUUGAUUACGUCGUUAAUUCAGAAAGAGUCGAAGACGUUGGACCCUUGAUCAAGCAACAUCGUCCUGAUGUCUUGUUCACUGCAUCUAUGUGGACACCGGAGCAGAGUCAGGAGAUCGAAGCAAUUGCUAGAACAAUUAUUCCCGAUAUCAAGUUCCACGCAAUUCCCUACGGCCUUCAGGUGGCGAAGGGUCCAGAAGCUAUCGUUGAAUAUCUCACUGAUCAAGUCCCAACACUACUAGAGAGCUGA